GUCCUCGGUUCUUCGUUUAAGUCAUACUAUGGUGGCUCUCCUGUUCGCUUUCCUUCACCUAGCCCUCGCGGUUGCUCCAGCUCUUGCAGUUGGUGUCGCACCCGGGCAAAUCAAGAACCUCGUCACAUUCGGAGACUCAUACUCUGAUUCCUCAUACUACCCUGCGGCUGACGGGGGUUACGCCUGGCCAACCUGGGCAUCGGAGUACGGCCCUUUCAACCUCUACGGCAUCGCGCGCUCUGGGGCGGCUUGCUCGAACAACCUGACCUAUCGUCCUUUCCCGCCGGUUGAGGAAUGGCAGUUGCCCUACUACUUCGGCGCGGUCGAGAAUGGAACCAUCCCACAUCUCGACCCCAGCGAGACUAUUUACAUCGUGUGGAUUGGCACGAACGACGUUGGGGCUAAUGCGCUCUUGACGGGGAGCGAUCCGGGCGUGUCUCUCGUUCCGGUCCGGCAGUGCGCCGUGAACGCCGUCAAGCAGCUCUAUGACAGCGGUGCGCGUAACUUUAUCUUCAACAAUAUGUUAACCCUGGACCGCACCAUCUUGUACUCCAACUAUUCCUAUCCCAACAGGUACUGGACGGCGGAGCGAAACACGACGGAAUGGAAUGUUUUCAUGAAGGAAAUCGUUGAGACGGGUAACGCUUUGACUGAGUUGAUGCUCCAAGCGAUGAUUCCUCAGAUGCCUGACGCUCACGUUGCGGCGUUUGACACUCAUGCUUUGUUCACGGAUAUGUACGAUAAUCCGCAGAGCUACUUCAACGGUACUGCCCCGUUGAACGUCACCGGCUGUGUCAACUCGUGUGUUUACGCACUCAACGAAAGUACCGCCGAUCCUGGUACAUGCACCACUGCCACUGGCAGCGAUGCUGACAGUUUCCUUUGGUAUGACGAGCUACAUCCAUCCCAGCAAAGUGACAGAAACUUGGCGAAGGAGAUUACAGCGGUUAUGAAAGGCGAGCAGAGCAAGUGGGCGACUUGGCUAUCAUAAGCCAUAUAUUCAUACACGGUUGCUACUAUUACAUAGACUUAGCUGAGUAUAGUAAAGUG